CUAAAAUGACGCUGACAGAUUCUCCAUUCUCAUUCACUCCAUUCUCCUCACCUUCCCCUUCACUCACAUUCACUCGCUCAGAAUGGGGGGGAAAGAAAAUAAAUUGCCUCACGAUCAAUUGAUCUUCUCUCAGUUUGUGAGUUUGGUCGAUCAGUCAAUCGCUCGUUCGCUUUCACCCUUGGAUUCACCCGCCGCAUUCGAUGGGCACGGUUGGGCAUGGUAUGGCUAUUCUAUCGUGCUGUGCUCGUACUGGGGCACUGGUAUCAUACCGGUACUUCUGCUUCGUUGGUGGUAUGAUAGCAGCGACAUGAAAUAUGAUACCGUACUGUGCACCAUUCUAUUCUAUUCAACCGAGACGGCGGCUAUAGCGCGCGCCGUAGAAUAUCGUAUCGUGUUAAUUCGUUCAAGCUGCGCUCGCUCACAAAACUCUUUUUUUUUUUUUUUUUUUUUUUUCUUUCUUCCCCCUUCUCCCUUUCAUCAUGAUACUUGUGCUUGUGUCCGCGCGACUGUUAGUGUGGGCCACUAGCACACGGAGGAGCUCUUCAAAUCCUCAAAGUCUAAUUUUUCUCGUGGCAAGUGUGACAAGGCUACUUGCUGAUAUCAUACCGGUAUCGUACUGUGGAAGUCGGCUACCAGAGGGCCGAACCUCGUCCUCACCGUGCAGGAGAGUACGGAUAGUUGGGUACAGCACAUACCAUUGGUUGCGGUUGCUGUGCAGUACGGUAAUUCGCCGCUGGUUGGAUUUGUGCUGGGGACUAGGCUAA